AUGAACCCCCAAGCAAGCCUUAUCUUCGCCGCUAGUCUACUUCUAGGGACAACCAUCACCAUCUCAAGUAACCACUGGAUCAUAGCUUGAACCGGCCUUGAAAUUAACACACUUGCCAUCCUCCCAUUAAUCUCUAAAUCACACCACCCACGAGCCAUUGAAGCUGCCACUAAAUACUUCUUAACCCAGGCAGCUGCCUCCGCCCUAGUUCUAUUCGCCAGCAUAACCAAUGCAUGACACACAGGACAAUGAGACAUCACUCAACUUACCCACCCAACAUCCUGCCUGAUCCUCACUUCAGCAAUCGCAAUAAAACUUGGACUAGUGCCAUUCCACUUCUGAUUCCCAGAAGUACUACAAGGCUCUCCCCUUACCACCGGUCUACUCCUAUCUACUAUCAUAAAACUCCCCCCAAUCACACUACUAUACAUAACCUCCCCUUCACUAAACCCUACGCUCUUAACCAUCCUAGCCAUCCUAUCCGCAGCUCUCGGAGGCUGAAUAGGCCUUAACCAAACACAGAUCCGAAAAAUCUUAGCCUUUUCCUCCAUCUCUCACCUGGGCUGAAUAGCAAUCAUUAUCAUCUACAACCCCAAACUCACACUCCUCAACUUCUACCUAUACGCCAUAAUAACUGCAACCGUCUUCCUCACUCUAAAUACAAUUAAAGUACUAAAACUAUCCACUCUAAUAACCGCAUGAACUAAAAUCCCAUCUCUAAAUGCAAUACUGCUCCUGACCCUGCUCUCUCUUGCAGGACUGCCACCUCUAACAGGCUUCCUGCCCAAGUGACUCAUCAUCCAAGAACUAACUAAACAAGAAAUGGCUCCAGCAGCCACACUCAUCUCCCUUCUCUCCCUACUAAGCUUAUUCUUCUACCUCCGACUAGCAUAUUGUACAACCAUCACCCUCCCUCCACAUACUACGAACCACAUAAAACAGUGACGCACUAACAAACCAACUAACAUCACAAUCGCCAUCCUAACCACUGUGUCCAUCAUACUCCUCCCCAUCUCCCCUAUAAUCCUCACUAUUGUCUA